AUGCAGGACGACGCGUGCGACGUCCGCCCCCCCACGAACCUCCUCGACGACGACUUUGACGAGGACUGCGCCUCCCUGCCGCCGCCGCGCCCUCCCACCGAUCCCCAUCCCAUCCUCGCCUACAUCUGCAAGUCCCACCUCUGCGCCGUCAUGCGCCGCGUCGUGCGCCACGUCCUCGCCGUCGUCGGCCCGCCGGCUCCGUACGCCGAGACGCUCGCCCUCAACCGGGAGCUGCACGAGUGGCACGACUCCGUGCCGGCGUGUCUGCGCAUCCGCGCCAUCCGCGACACGGCCUUUACCGAUCCCAACUACACCAUCAUGCACCGCCUGAUGCUCGAGCUCAUGUACCUCAAGAGCCUGUGCAUCCUGAACCGUCCCUACCUCACCUCGCACAAGCACGAGCCGGAGUACAGCGCUUCGAGGCAGAUUUGCAGGGAGUCGGCGCUCAGGAUUCUGGAGCUUCAGGCGGAGCUUGACGUGGAGACGGCGCCUGGGGGGAGAAUGUACGAAGAUAGGUUCAUGGUGUCCAACUUGACGCUGCAUCACUUCCUGCUCGCGGCAAUGAUCAUCUGCCUCGAUCUCAGCGAAUCUGCAGACAUAGACUCCAAAGACAGACUCAAGCGCAUCCUCACCCUCCGCACCGCCUACUCCAUCUGGUCCGCCCGCAGCACCACCUCCGCCGACGCCCUCCACGCCUCGCGCGUCCUCCGCGCCAUCCUCAACCGCAUCGACUCCCCCAACACCACAACCACCGCCGCCUCCUUUACGGGCUCCGGCCCCAUCAUCCAGAUCCCAGACUCCUCUCUCGCGCACAAUCUCGAGAGUGUUCGCAAUGAGAAUGGCAACGCUUUGCCAGACCACGCAAUGCAGCAAGUCAUGCCCCUGAGUGGUAGCGAAAUGUAUAACUCGGCUGUGGACGAGACGCUCUUGGCCCAGGACAUGAGUUUCACGAUGCCAGAUUUCGAGGACAUGUUUGGAAACAUUGACAUGCUCGAUUGGGUUCGUAGCACCUCCUUUUCCUCCCAACUCCUUUAA